UCCUUAACAUAUGAUUUAUCUAUCCGUCUGGACAGCUGGCUGUGUGUCAGAGCUACUCAGGGCUGCAGUGUGGGGGGCUUUAUACUAAUAUCUUUUCUGUAGAUCAGACCAUUCUUGGUACAUUCACUCCAUUUGGACAUGGAAGUGUUUGCUUUCCCGACAGUAAUGUGUAUGCUCUACAAUAUAAUAACUUAAGUGGAGUGCUGACAGAUAAACAAGGAGAAACAAUACAAGAAUGGAACUGGCCCUGGAAUGGAAAAUUAGGUGAACCAAUCACAGUGCAGGUUAACGAAUACCUCUCAGUUAGGAUUGUAGGUCAAUACUCUGUGAAUUUGGUCUAUAAAUGGCAACAUAUGAAGGUGCGUUUGUCUCUCUCGCCCCUUGUGGAUGUAUCAGUGCCUCAGCUAGAAGACCUGGGGAUACUUGUGACAAAUGAAAGUUUCUCCUCCAGAACAGCAAGGGAAAUGUGUAAGGCCAACAGAAAAAAGGCAAAAGAAAAAGAGACAAAGAAGAAUCCAAGUAAAUCGAAGUCAAUAUUAGCAGAGCUGGCCAAGACUCUUGAAAUUCCUGAGGCACAUGUCAGCCCUUUGAAUGAUUUCAGUGCAGUUACAGAGCUCAGGAGGCUUCAAAGAAAGAUUAGAAAUAUUGUGGAUGAUUGGAUGGAGCAUUAUCGACUGGCUUCAGGCAUUGACUCCCCACAUAUUCAGAAGAUGUCUGAAACACCUAUAAAAAUGUCAAGGAAGCGCAAGGUACAGUCUGCUGCAGUGCUCCCUGUUACUUCAAUGACGGAUCCAAAAGAACAGCAAACCAGAGACACAGAGGGAGCUGAAACUCACUACAAGGAUAUUCCUCUUCCACAUGGACGUUUCCUGUCAGCUCCCGCACAAAGUAACUUCAUGCGACUGGAUACACCACUAAGUUUUCAUUCCCCCAGGCCAUCCUCUUCAAAAAAAUCAACUGUCAAGCAAGAGCACAGUACCACAGAGGGAAGCCUGUAUAAGAGUGUGUCUGGUAUGCACACUCUCAAUAAAUCAGGAACUCCAUCAGCCUCGUUGGCUCCUUUGUCUCCUGAACAAGACCUUGAGAGAUUGUGGCGCAUAUCACAUCACACAUGUCCCAUAGUCCUGCAGAGACUCAUACUUGGAGAAGAAGGAGGGAUGUGCAGGUGUAGCAAUCACCAGAUUCCUAAUAUCACAGACUUGGAGUAUGACAAACUGAUAAAUAUGAAGGUGCUGCCCACUGAGCAGAUCCUUGUUGUGUGUGUUGUGUCAUCAGGAAAUUCAGAAGAGGAUCAGAGCACUGAUGUGCUGAAUCUUCUGUAUGAGAGAAAGAACAAGUACAGGAGUAUGCCCUGCAUGCAGAGCCGCUUAGACUCAUUUCGCCUGCUGAAAUAUGACAUCAACAGUUGCACUGAAUUUACAGGGUUCAAGGAUCCCCUUCUGGUUCACAGGCACAACGUGGCUCCAGGCAUGUUUCUGAUGUAUUUUCGUGGCAAGCUGCUUUUCGCAAACUACAUAUUUAAUGGCUACAGCAGAUCGGCCAAAGACCUUCAGAAGCAAAUAGUGAAAUCAAGAAGUGACUAUCAGAUGGGAUACAGUCUUCCCUGUGAUUUCAAAUUCAGCAAUGAAGGCCACAUGCACCUUUCUUCUCUUCAUACUGGACAAGAUAGUUUAAGAACGUGACCAUGGCAGGAUACAGCUUACAGUCUUCUAUCGGAGAAGAGGCAGUGAUUUUCUGCUAGACCAGCAGAACACAGAACAACCAUAGCAUUUUAUAAGCUUUCUGCAUGUGGAUCUGCGUAUUUAUCUAUAGUGACAUUAAAAAUUCAUAAUUUUGAUUUUGAUAAAUAGUAUUACUGAAUUCACAGCAUUUGAUUCAUAUUUUUGUUCCAUUUAAAACAGACAAAAAGUGCAAGUGCAAGAAAUGUAUUUUUUCCAUGUGCAGGAUUUUCUUGGAAUUCCAAUGAAUAGGAAGUGCCAUGGGCUGUGUGGCAUCAGCUACUGUUGCAAUCUAAGCAAUAGUGCCAGAUACCAAGUAACCCAUAGCAUUGCAAUGGUACUUGGUACUGAAAACUUAGGGUAGAACUACAUGGGCGACUUUGGUGCGUUUCCGGCGGAUCCGACGCGCAGCAUGCAGCGUCUGCAUCCGACAGUCGUGUUGUGUCAGAUGAACGUUGCGAUACCAUCCAACAUUGCUUACCUUAUUUUCUGUGGCAGCCGAUUUAAUGCCUGCGUUUUGGCACAUUGAGAUGGAUCCACCGGAAACGCACAAACGUCACCCAUGUAGUUUUAUCCUAACACCUCUCCAAAUCCUUUCACCCUCAAUGUUAAUCACAUGCAGAGAGACGGGAUUUGGACAAUUAUUUUCUGCACCACAACAUAGUCCCAGCAUGGAAAAUAAAUAAAUAGAAAAAUAGUGAGUGUGUGUCGCAUGAAUAAAAUCUACCUUUAAAGCAAGGAAUUACACAUCAAAAAGAUGCUUGAAGAUAUUUACCUCAAAUGCUCUUUCCUGUCCUAGUCACUCCAGUUCCGCCAAAUUAAUUAAUUAUAGAACAUCUAGCCUCAUUCGUUUUCCAAUACCUCAGCACUUCCCUUUUGUUUCAGGCGUUCUCUCCCCAGCUAGAUAAUCAGAUGUUUUUAAAGCUGGAAUUCAGUUGUGUGGGUGGGUGAUAUUGUGGGGCUUUGUAACAGACUGCAAAUAAAAAUCAUUGGCACUUAAUUAGAGUUAGCAGAAGUGAUACGAGAAGUACUGAAUCCUGCAGCAAAGUGGUUGACUCUUGUUCAGUUCACUCAGUAUUUCAUCCUCUAUUAUUCUUGUAUUAUGCAGCGUUCCAUUUAACAGAGGAUCACCUAACAACUGCACCAUUGAUGUUAACAGCCUUGGCUAUUUAUCAAGUGACAAUAACAAAGUCCCAUACUGUAUGUUUGCAUCUAGAUUGUCCAAAAUUAAUUCUAGCAUAUACUUUCCUCAGGACCUUUGCCCUUUUUGUAUGUAUAGUACCUUUGAAAGUUAUCCUUUUCAACCAUAAUAAAAUAUAAUGGAAGAAUUU